CUUUAAUCGGUGCAUGUGAAGUACGCAGAAUCGGAAACUGUAAGAAGAAAUGGGAGUGUCGAGAGCAGGGGGCGUCGGCGAUGCGUUCGUUGGCUUACUCAACUGUACGGAUAAUCCAUUUAUUACCGAAGCCGAUAAUAUUUAUAAAUACCAAUAUGAUUAACUGUGGCAUGUAACGAUUAAGAAACCUCAUGGCGUUUUUUACGAGGAGCUUUCUUCGUCUAACAUUAUGGACAUUAGAAGCAACAUUUGCUCACCUGAAUCUACAGUCACUGCACUACUUGCUAGUUCUGGAUAUUUGAAGAGCACUCUCAGUAAUGAUGUGGAUAGCGCAGUGAUUAUGUUUAAGGACAAAAAGUAUGAGUCUGCUACAGAGGCUCUAAAUGCUUACAUUGAAGACUUUGAACAAAGCUGUGACGCUUCAGUUAAGAGCCCUGGAAAACUCAAGCUCAGCAGGAGCUCAUCAAACAACUCUAAUCGAUUUGGAUUACACAUGAAGAACAAGGAUGUUCUCAAGGGGAGUCUUUCAAAUAAAGAAUUAAGCAUGUUGGACCUACCUGUAGGACAGCCUUUUCCUAGGAAUUCUGACCUUGUUAGUCUCACAACUGAUGACCUCCUGGCCCUCCCACCCGAUGGCUCCCUUCCCGUUACACGUACCUCUGCAGCUCUGUCAAGGAGUGACAGGCUUCGUUCUCUGGAUUUUAGUUCCUUUUCCACAACUUAUAGGAAGCCAACUUCUCUUAAUGCGUCCCGAUUUUCAUCAAAGGAUUUGGAGUUGCCUGAGGUUAGAUUGCCCUCGCAGAGAAAUAGAAUACAUGCAACAAAAAACAAUUUUGAGGAUUUUGACCAAAAGCAUAGUACUUUCAGGAAAUAUAUGGAUGUGACAGACUUACAUUUGAAGCAUACAGUUUCAGCUCCUUCUACAUUGACCAAUCACAAGCAAUCAGAGCCAGAACUACCAACAUGCACUUUUAAUAAUUAUCCAAGGUGGCUGACUAGUUGGAAAUCAGAAAUGGAUUUUUCUGGAAUUAGCAGUUUGCCUGAUACAAAGUAUCCUCUUUGGUUAAGAGAAUGUGACCUGGCAUCUGAGGCAAGUGGUAAUACUGAGUCCAACAAGCAAGUAAUGGAGGAUGUUACCCUGGACAAAAAUAAUCAUUUUAAGCUAUAUUCUGACUGGCAGAAUAAUCAGCAAAAAGAAGUCUGGGAUAACGUACAUCAGGAUAAUCUCAAUAAUCUGCUUAACUGUGCAAGGGAGACCAUAAAGAAAAGCAAUGGACUGCUAACCCCUAAACAUGUUUCUGUUUUGGGCAAAGGCCAACUUGACAUGACAACACAGAAUGGAAGAAUCAGAUCACCAUUUGAAUUUGAAAGAAGAAAUGGUUUUGCAGAGCCCUUUCAAGAUCAUGAAAUGAAUUUGCUGAUGCAUAAAGCAGAAAAGAGUCGAUCAGUAAGGCAAAGCUGCAAUAUUAAAGAAAAUGUCAGUAUACAAACAGAAGAUGUUCUGGAUGCUGACCGAUCCUGGGAUAAUCCUCCUAUCAUAUUUAAUCCACCUGUUCCAGUAGAUGGGGAAGAAGAGCUUGAACUAGAGAGAAGAGGAAAAACCAAACUGAUUGAAAACUAUCUCACAGACUGUAUCAACUCUACCAAUGAGGCUGUUUGUUCUAAUUUUUCCGGAGGCUCAUUCCGAAAACACCAUGGCCCUGUGGAAACUUUAAAGCACAUGAUGUUCAGCUUACAAUCUGUGGAGCAGUGUUUUAACAGUGAGCAAACACAUCUACAGGAAAUGUCUGAUAAAUUGGACUUGGAAAAGCCAUUGGAGAAUUUUGAAACUGCUGCUGGCAGUCAGUCUUUGCAAAGAGCUUUGCAUCAUUUGGUUCGCCUAAAGAAUCUUGUUGACGAUAUGAAUGAGAAGAAAGAUCUGGAUUCUGUGAUCCACAAUGGUAUUCAUGUGAACAGUGAUGGAAAGUAGUGAAAACUACAGCGCAUCAGCAAGCAACAGACACAUGACCUGCCAUUUGAACAGUACUGUAAAUACAAAAUCAUAAAGGAAUAUUAAAAUCUGUACUUCAUAUAUACUGUAAUAGGUGCUGCUUUGGCACCAUCAUGAUAA